AUAAUCUGUGCUGCUUGGUUGAACUUUCUGGGGUCUGUUAUCCGCAACCUGACAGCUUACAGCUUCAUGCCACACUCAGCUCAGUUUCCUGUGCUGAUAUUUGGUCAAGUUGUUGCGGCGUGCGGCCAAACUUUUGUCAUGUUCACCCCCGCCAAAACUGCCGCUCUGUGGUUUCCCGACAGCCAGAGGACUAUAGCCAAUACCCUUGCCAGCAUGUCCAACCCUCUGGGUAUUCUCGCUGCCAAUGUUCUGUCUCCUGCCUUAAUCAAGAAGUCUGAUGAUCUACCUGUCAUG